AUGGGAAGAACAAUAACUUUCGCCGUCUUUAUUUUUAUGCUCUGGGGAACUGCCGAUGCGAAAUUCAUCGUGGAGAAGAACAGCUUGAAGGUGACUUCGCCUGACUCGUUGAAAGAUGUCUACGAGUGUGCAAUUGGAAACUUUGGGAUCCCCCAGUAUGGUGGGACGAUGGUUGGCUUAGUGAUGUUUCCAAAGGCAAACACAAAAGCUUGCAACGGUUUCGAUGAGUUUGAUAUUUCCUUCAGAUCCAAGGCUGGGGGAUUUCCUACCUUCCUUCUCGUGGACAGAGGAGGUCAAUAUCUCACUUCAGACUCAGUAUUUAUUUCCUUUCUCUCUUGUGUUCGUCGGGUUUCUUUGAACUGUUGCUUUGCCUGAUAAAGAUAAUCCUUGUUGCCACCCUUCGUAAAUGAAGCCUUUACCAUGUACAUGGAGUAAAAAAAAUGACUGGUAGCAUUGGCUCGGUUACCUUUCAGAUCGUUCCCUUUUAUUAAAUGCCUACAUCUCUUGGUACAUAGUUUUCUUUUCUUGCUGCAAUGAAGUAUCGUCUGAUUCUCUGCAGCUUUCUUACCUUUCGAGGAACUGACAGAUCAUAUGCAUUCACGGAUGUGAUUAUCUGACAGUCAGCUGAUCAUUGAUUUUUCGAGUCCCCUUUUUCACCAACUUGAUGGCCAUACUCGUUGAUUGCAUGUUUGUUUUUUCAUUGUCUAAUUCCUUUCGAUGGGGAUUUCUAUUUAUCAAAGUCGUCAAAACAAUCAUCUAUUGCUAUUCUUUUCCUCAUUGGAGAAUGAAAAGGUGUGAGAUAUCUGUAUUGCCAUUACUCAUCAGGUUAUUUGAUUGUUCAUCUUGAAAGUAGGGCUAAGGAGCCUAGGUCUCAGGGGAAUCAUCUGUGAAAAAUUAUGUCCAGAAAGGCCUUUUCCUUUUCCAUCCAAUGUUCUUGGGAAAUGUCCUCAGAUUUCUACCUGAAAUGACUUCUCAUUGUGUCCCUUCUUUUGAUCCCAGAAAUCAGAAUAUUGUGUCUUAUUUGAUGAACUUGAUGUGUGGAAACCGUUGCAUUUUGUUUACAUAAGUCGUCAUAGUCGUUGAUCGAUUUUUCAUAGUUGUUUACAGAAGCAUCUAGUUUGCUUUUAAAAAAAUGCUUUAUAAAUCAUAUGUAUUUCCUACAUCACAAAAUGCAUGCAUUGGGGCAUUUCCAUCAGUAUAGCUCUUCAUGAAAAUGUACUGAAUUAUUUUUUAUCGUAAAUCUUCAUUACAUGGCAUAUGAUCAGUAACUUUGUACUAUGCACAGAUUGCUAUUUCACUGCAAAGGCAUGGAAUGCACAAAAAGCGGGAGCUGCUGCUAUCCUUGUUGCUGAUGAUAGGAUCGAACCCUUGAUAACCAUGGACACACCUGAGGAGGAUAAUGCAAAAGCAGAUUAUUUGCAAAAUAUCACCAUCCCAGCAGCUCUCAUCAGCAAAAGCCUCGGGGACAGAUUCAAGAAGUCCUUGUCAAAUAGCGAAAUGGUCAGUGUCAACCUGGAUUGGAGAGAAUCACUACCUCACCCCGAUGAGCGUGUGGAGUAUGAAUUCUGGACAAAUAGCAAUGACGAGUGUGGUGUCAAGUGCGAAAGUCAGAUAGAUUUUGUGAAGAGCUUUAAAGGAGCAGCGCAGAUACUGGAGCAGAAGGGAUACACACAGUUCACUCCUCACUACAUUACGUGGUACUGUCCUGAGGCUUUCACCCUAAGCAAACAGUGCAAGUCACAGUGCAUCAAUCACGGGAGGUAUUGUGCUCCUGAUCCUGAGCAGGACUUCAGCCGAGGGUAUGAUGGAAAAGAUGUGGUAGUCCAAAAUUUGCGUCAAGUUUGCUUGUUUAGAGUUGCUAAUGAGAGUGGCAAACCUUGGCUUUGGUGGGAUUAUGUCACUGAUUUCUCUAUUCGAUGCCCAAUGAAAGAGAAGAAGUACACGAAGGAAUGUGCUGACGAGGUUAUUCGUUCGCUGGGUAGGUGUUUCGUCCAUGUAAUUCUUGGUACAACAGAAAUUUUAGUGGUCGAGGGGGUAGGUGUUGUCCUUAAUCUGCAUAUUAUCAUCUUAUUCACCAUGCCCUUCAUUGAUGCUCGCAGGUUUGGACCUUAAAAAAAUCGAUAAAUGCAUGGGAGAUCUUGACGCAGAUGAGGACAACCCAGUCCUCAAAGCAGAACAGGAUGCACAGGUCAAGCUCCAUAUUUUUGUAUCUUGCAAAACUGUGGUUUUAUUGAGUUUUUUGCUAAAUUAAUUUGAUGUUCUGGGGUUAGAUCGGCAAGGAAUCCCGAGGAGACGUGACCAUCUUGCCAACUCUUGUGAUCAACAAUAGACAGUAUCGAGGUUAGUUACUGGUUUUUUUCUUGCUUAUUCUAAAGUCUCAAGUUUUUUUGUGUACGAUAAAGUCUCAAGAUAUUGUCUGUAUCCAGGUAAAUUGGACAAGGGUGCAGUUCUAAAAGCGAUAUGUUCUGGGUUUCAGGAAACAACUGAGCCCGCAGUUUGUUUGAGUGAAGGUUGGAAGAAGAUAUCUACGAAUCUCUAUUCUUUUUAUUGAAGGAUUGAUGAUAUUAUAGUAUCAAACUUGCUACCUCAUAUCCUGUAUUGUUUAUCUUAGUUGUACUAUAUUAAUUGUCCAGAUGUCGAAACAAAUGAAUGCUUGGAGAACAAUGGUGGCUGUUGGCAAGAUAAAGCAGCUAAUAUUACUGCUUGCAAGGUGAGUACUACCCAGGCUUUUGAUAGUGGAGAUCAUUUAUCGGAAACGCCCCUGCCUUUUGCUCCAAAGUAUUGACCUUGUGUGAGCUUCUUGUGCAGGACACUUUCCGUGGAAGGAUUUGUGCGUGCCCUGUUGUUCAGGGUGUGAAAUUUGUGGGUGAUGGAUAUACGCAUUGUGAAGGUAGGCAACUUUUCGCGUAUAUGUGCGUACUUUAUUUUAUUUAUCUCAGCAUAAACAAUGAUUUUAUUAUUUCAUUUUUUAUAGACAUGUUUGAAAGUCGUCUUGCAAUGAGGCAGCGGGCCGUCUCCUUAGCCUCCUUCAAAAACUAUGUUUUUUCUUCUGAAAAGUCUGCAAACAAUUGAGUCCCAGAUAUUAGGAACACAGGGUUUUACUCCCCUCCUUCCCCUCCUCCCCGCGGUACCCGGCCGAUUUUUCUCUAUUGGACGGAUGGAUGGAACUUAUGUAAUUCAUUGUCAAUGUAUAAAGUAAUUGGUGGACUGCCGCUAGGGUCUAUUAGACAUGCUGAUGUACGGUCUGUUGACCCCGGUUCCCAUGAAUCUGGGUUAUCUAAGAUCUAAUAGGAUUUAAAGCUUUAUGGCCAGUUAUCCUGCCUAUAGUCAACCCUCUUUUGACAAGAGGAACGUUCAAUGGUACCAAUCACCAAAGUAGAAACUGGCCCCUGACUCUUCAAAACGAUAGUGACGGUUUCACUUCCUGUAGACUUUGGGAAGAUUAUGUUGGAAUUCAUGGUGAUGUUCAAGUCCAAAAAAAAAAAAGAAAGAGAUGGUCUCUUUCUCUGCUCUCCUCUGUCGCUUUUUUAUUUAUCUUUCAUCAUCAGAAAAAUAUUCUUCUUCUCCAGCUGCUGGGUCCGGGCGUUGUGAGAUCAACAAUGGAGGUUGUUGGAAGCAAACUCGCAAUGGCCAGACAUUCUCUGCCUGCAUCGUAAGUGGUUUGACUUUCUGAUCCCCUUCCUCGCUGGUAUUUACCGUCAUCAGUCUACUCUUGUUAUGCAGGAAGACGAAUCCAAGGGAUGUAGAUGCCCACCUGGAUUCAAAGGUGAUGGAGUCAGCACGUGUGAAGGUACUCCGACUCAGCGCACCUGCCGUUGCCACCUUAACCCAUAUACCAUUUCCUGUUUUAGCAUAUCUCCCUUGGUGAAAUCUAUGGGCAACUGUGAGGAAUCUUCAAUGCCUGCAGCAUCUGUCUGAAGACUGUUUUCCUCCUUCUUGACUGCCUUAGAUGUUGAUGAAUGCAAAGAGAAGGUCGCGUGCCAGUGCUCAGAAUGCAAGUGCAAGAACACUUGGGGCAGCUACGAGUGCAGCUGCAGUGGCGGCCUACUGUACAUGAAGGAGCACGACACUUGCAUCAGUGAGUUCCUCUCGGAAGAACCCUCUUAAUAACUUCAAGAAAAGCCUGUGGCCAUUUCAGGAAAGAAUGAGCCUAAGCUAGGGGAGUGGCGCUGAUCUUCCCCUUUUACUCCUCGGACGAAAUAUAUUGAUAAAUUAGAUGAAAAUGGCCAAUCCGAGGUUCUUGAUGAACGGGAAUCUUGUUUUUUAGGGUUUUAUUAACCAUAUAUAUCAGAUAAAUGUGGAUGGUUCAUCUGAUUAUGAUUCCUCACCCACCAAGAUCUUCAAAAGCUGCGGCCUUGAAGCAGCUCACUCGGUCUCGUUGUGACAUUCAGCCCUCUGGAAAUGGUGUGCAGGCAAGAAGGCGACAGCUGAGGUCAGCUGGAGCUUCAUGUGGUUCAUCCUGCUCGGCCUGGCCGUAGCUGGGUUUGGAGGGUAUGCCGUAUACAAAUACAGAAUCCGGGUAAUCCUCUCAGUUCCUUCUCUCUCCUCUGUUCUCUCUCUAAAGCAGCAGAAGCAGGCGCAAAUUUUUUCAAGGAAUUUUCUUAACAAUUCCCACCUGAUAUUGACAAUUCUUUCUUUCUUUUCUUAACUCGUGCCUGAUAUUAAUUACUUAAUAUGCAAUAUUUUUCAUUUUUGUUAAUUUUAAAUGGAAUUUCUCGGAGAAAAAUGUUCUACUCUGAGAACAUCUAUGACCAGGCAAAACCACCCUGAUAUUUAAAGUUGCUAUUUUUAGUUCCUUCACGUUGAUUUUUUUUUAUUUUUUUAUUCUUUGACGGAAAAAGAACAAGAGGAACCGAUCAUGAGGAUCUUUAUGAACCGAGAAAAGCAGCCUUGUUAUUAAUCUUGCUCUCUCUCAGUUUCAUUCCUGCCUGCGACAAAGAUCUUGUAAUUCAUUGACUUCUUUAAACCGACAAUCUUCUUCCCAAUGCAGAGGUACAUGGACUCGGAGAUCCGCGCCAUCAUGGCCCAGUACAUGCCUCUGGACAAUCAGGGGGACAACCCCAACCACGUCCCCCAUGGAAAUGUCUGA